UUCAUUCAUCUAAUGAUUUGUCUUCUUUUAAUAAAUUUUCCAGAAGCAACCACUCCUAAUUUAUUUUAACGUUACUAGUUAGUAUCAGUGAUUAGCAUCAUGGCCCAAGAUGAUUCUGUAUUAAGAUCACAUCUUUCUAACUACAAGUACCGAGAUAUUACAUCACGAGAAGUGAUCAGCCUGAUACAAGUAUAUCGAAGUUUGACAUAUCGCUUAGAAGGCUUUGUGUUUAAUAAUGGAGUAAGAAAAGAAUUACUGAAUCUUGAAGGCACUAUACCUGUAAACUACAAAGGAGCUUUUUACAAUAUCCCUGUUUGCAUUUGGUUAAUGGACACUCAUCCAAAAAAUGCGCCAUUAUGUUUUGUGAAGCCAACAGCAGAUAUGGCGAUUAAAAUAUCAAAAUAUAUAGACAGUAAUGGUAAAGUUUAUUUACCUUACCUGCACGAAUGGAAUUCUAAUAACUCAACAUUACUAAUGCUUGUGCAGUGUAUGAUAAGUGCAUUUGGUGAAAUACCACCAGUUUUUUCAAAACCAAGAAAUGAAAUUCGUCCACCAUAUCCUGUUAAUUCCUUUAUGCCCCAGCCUUCCGGAUAUCCCUACCCAGGUGUCAGUCCACAUCAAUUUGGAAAUCACCCAGCUAUACCGUAUCCCACAACAUCGCAUAUACCUUAUCCAAACUUUGAGACACCUUAUCCAGGUGCUGUAAACACUAAUGGCACACCUUUCUCUUCAGCAAAUACUACUCCAUACCCCACUUCAACAGGUUAUCCUGUAACAGAUGUAGCCGGGGGCACUAUUACAGAAGAGCACAUUAAAGCAUCAUUGCUCUCAGCAGUUGAAGAUAAAUUGAGAAGGAGACUCAAAGAGCAAUCGCAACAAUCACAGGCAGAGCUUCAGACUUUGCGUCGUACCCAGGAAGAGUUACGUGAAGGUAAAUCUAGAUUGGAGGAUAUUUUGACAAGAUUACAGAGAGAAAGAGCUGAGCUGGAUAAAAAUGUUGCAAUAUUACAAGAAAAAGAGAAGGAACUACAAUCAGCUGUAGAACAUUUGGGUGAACAAGAGAGUGUAGAUGUUGACGAAGCAGUUGUCACAACAGCCCCACUGUAUUCUCAACUGUUAAAUGCAUUUGCUGAAGAAGCUACUCUCGAAGAUGCGAUUUACUAUAUGGGAGAAGCUUUACGUAAGGAAGUAAUCGAUUUGGAUACAUUCUUAAAACAAGUACGUACAUUGGCUCGACGACAGUUCACAUUAAGAGCCCUUAUGCAUAAGUGUAGACAAAAAGCACAACUUGCAUGUUAGUCGUAGUCUCAGUUAAAAUUGGAACUGGAGUCAAUGUUAUGUAUGAUGUACACAAUAAGCUUGCUUGUAUCUCAAAUAAAACAGUUGUAUAAUCUAUGUUACGAGCUAUAUUAUGUACAGAUUGCAGUGUUGUUAUUAAAGCUUGUUUUUACAUUAUUGCUUCUACAAUAUUUCCAAUGAAAAGUGACAUUUGCUUAUGAAAAAAAUUGUGUAACAUCUAGUAGUCUUUACACAUACCACACUUUACAUACACUAAAUAUUAUCAAUUUAUCUUCUACAUGUUUAUGUUUUUGUAAUAAUGGUUUGUCUUUAACUGUAACUAAAUAUUAAUCAAGGUUUGCUUAUAACUGAAAGUUGGAAUUUCUAGUAGCAAGCUAAUUUGAAUAUUCAAUCCCUAUUAUUUCAUGCUUGAUACUAAUUUGUAUCACAUGAGUAGUUUUGUACAUGGGAAAGACAUGCACCCUUAUUGGAUUGAUUUUAGAAUUAAUUUCAGUUUUAUCAUAUUAUAUGUAUAGUGCUUUACACAAAAUAUAUUGUAUCUUUAAUAUAAUAUAUAUUUUCAUUUCAAAUGAUUUGCAUAUAAUAUAUAACUACUUUUUUUUUUAAAUUUAUUAAGGAGACUGAGCCAUAAUUGUGUAUAACAGAAAGCCAUUUCAACAUAUACCAUCUGCUUAGUUUAUUUUUCACAAUAUAAUCUUGAAUAAACUGUUAUUUACCAGUUGUAAGUGUAGUAAGCUAGCUUUCACAUAAUUAGGUGAUUAGUAUUCAUGAUAUAAAAAAAAUUGUAAUUGAUACCAUAAUUCAUAAUACAUAAUGUAUUGGACAAUAAAAUUUGAAGAUCUAGCUAUAAUUUUAUACAUUUACAUAUAUAAUUUCUUAUAUUUGAUGUCCUAGUUAAAAUAAUAAUAUAGUUACUAUUAUUUAAUUUAAUGUGGUUUAAUUUUUUUAUGACACUAAAUAAUCUGUAAUGAUGUAUCAUUCUUUAUUUAAUCAUACCUAUUAACAUUUUUUUUUUCAUGUCAAAUUAUUUUAAUAUAUAAUAACUAUGUAGGUCUAAUUUUAAUGUAAAACUAUAUUGGAGAUAGUAUAAGAUCAGUUUUUCAGUGUAGUUAUGUCAUGGAGUACAUAUCUCAGCAACACAAAAAAAGUGAGGCAUGCAUUUGACUAUGAUUAAACUAUAUGGCAACUCAGAACAGUUGCUUAUGGAGUAGUUAUUUUGUUAAACUAUAUACUUCCAAAUUAUAAUUUAUAAC